UAUUUGCACAAGACACAGAUGUUUUAGUGCUCACUGUGAGAUGCUACCCAAGACGUCAGCAAGAUUUUGUUUUUGUGCCUCCUGCUGGGGAACAGAAUUGCUCUAUAUCCAUCAGAAUUGCUCUAUAUCCUAUAAUUUGAACCAUUAAAAGACGCCAUCCUGAAAGAUUUCCAUGCCAUUUCCGAAUGUGACACUACUGGACAAUUGGCUGGAAACAUCAAAUUAUCUUACUGGAAGGCAUUUGAUUCAGCCACCAAAGACUCCUUCCUCGCUCUGAAGAUGCUUGGAACAGCUGGAGGCAUUCAUAUGCCAAGUUUAGUAUUUGAAGACCAUCAUUGUGAUAUUUGCUGAGCUACAUAAGUGGAUGUUUUCCAAGAAGCAGACAAACAGAGAAAAAAUGCCACUGACAAAGGAUGCAUUUUCAUCUGUUAUCAGGAAGGCAAAUUACCAGGCAAUGGAAUGGCCUCAGGAUGAUUAAGUGCAUCUGUCAUAAAUAUAAAGGGAAGGGUAAACACCUUUAAAAUCCCUCCUGGCCAGAGGAAAAACCCUUUCACCUGUAAAGGGUUAAGAAGCUAAGAUAACCUCGCUGGCACCUGAUCAAAAUGACCAAUGAGGAGACAAGAUACUUUCAAAAGCUGGGAGGAAGGAGAAACAAAGCCUCUCUCUCUCUUUCUUUCAUCUGUGUUAUGCUUUUGUGGGGGACAGAACAGGAAUGGAGUCUUAGAAUUUAAUGCAGCCUCAAUAAAGCCAGGAUCAAAGGUCUUGGAGACGUGGUUGCCAUCCUCCAAGGACGAAUGCCUCAUGAUUGGUGCCUUGAGUCUGUGACGUCACCUGCGGGCAGACUAUUUCUGGAGAAUGAGUUGCGUCUUUGAGAGAUUUUUCUAAUCAGGCCGGAGGAAGACAGGAAGAUUUGAAAGAGUACCUCGUGCAUACAGCAACCCAAGAAUGAGCGACGCCAAUACCCUCAACACCACAGAAGUGGCAACUGGUCCCACCACACCACGCAAGGGACCUCCCAAGUUCAAGCAAAGGCAGACAAGACAGUUCAAAAGCAAGCCCCCAAAGAAAGGAGUAAAAGGGUUUGGAGAUGACAUUCCAGGUAUGGAGGGACUUGGAACAGAUAUCACAGUGAUCUGUCCAUGGGAGGCUUUCAGCCAUCUGGAACUGCAUGAGCUGGCGCAGUUUGGUAUCAUCUAAGUCACCAGAAUGGUGUCUUCCAAGGUUCCAGAAUGGUCUUCUUCACCAUUGACACUUAUUUCCGGCCCUUCCAUCCACCUGCCGAGAUUCUGUUGAGCACGUGCAGGGUGGCUUCAUGAAAUUCACCUAGUCCUAAACAAUUCCUUCUCAGAUUAACUUGGCAAGAAGUUAUCAGGGACCCUGAAUAUUCACCAGGCCUCAUCUGAUGAAACUACUGGAAAUGUUUAAACAUCUCUGUAAAAUAUCCUCUCUUCCCCCUGGAGUAUUCAUGUGUGUGAAGUCUCACCUGUAUCCCCUGACUCCUGGGAUGCUGUAUGUAUGAAUUUUCACCCUAUAUCCCCUGCUCUGAGUUUCCUGAGAUACUGUCUGUAUGUGCCUAUUUGAAGUCUUAUCCUGUAUUCCCACCCUUGACCCUAUGAAAUCUAACUCUGAAUUAAACCUAUCCGCCACUCUCGGGACACUCUCAGGCUUUCCAUGUGUAUGUGAAGUCCAACAGAUGUGGAUGAUAUUCCCAUGAUAUCUGAGCCAGCAAUCAAUUGCUCUGUGUAUAUUCAUAGAGAACAGAGUCCUCAGAGUCACCUAUCCACCUUUCAUUAGGAAGGAGAACCUGGAGUCUCUCAUGUGAGCUCUGCAUAGGGAAUCUGCCACUAAAAUUCACCUCACAGCCAUAGAACAGAAGGGCUUGGGAAUACUACAUCUUCCCUAUAUUAUCCACAGGUUAGUGGAGUAGUCAUUAGAUUUCUGUUGUCCAAUAAGGACAGCUGACAGCCUGAAUGUUCAAGAUCACUAGCUAAAUCUAUCACAGCACUCACCCCUCUGCUAUCCUGCGAGGUUGCCAUUCUGAUCAAGUGACUCUCAGAGUGAUAUAAACGUUCAUAUCCUAUAAGUAGAAAUCCCUUCCUGUUCCUGGUACAAGCUGGUCCUCAUAUAAAUAUGGUAUCUGCCAGUUGUUGGUUAAGAAAAUGGAGAAGCAUUGCAAUCAUCACUUGACAGUGACAUAUAGCACAUUAAGGGUAUGUCUACACUGUAACGUAGGCCUAUGCAUGAACCUUGGCUCAAGCCUAACCCCCCAGUGUACACUGCAAUUGCGCUAAUCCAGGGCUCGGACCCAGGGUCCCAGACCCUGCAGGGCUGGAGGAGUUAAGCUGUAACCCAGGGUGCGACCCUAUUGCUUUGCAAUGUUGACAGAGCCCCGCUUGUCUCGGGUCCUGGAGUCAGCUGGAAGUAUCCCACAAUUCCAUGGGACAACUUCCUUGGUCCUCUCUAUCCCAACAAUCUGCAGUCCACUCUCGUGAAAAUGGCAAACGGCAGCAGCUCAGGUCAGUGUUAACCCAUUCUCUUCUGAUCACUGAUCUGCAAGCACACUGUCAGAGGGCCUCCUGGGCUUGCAAUGGAAAACAAACCGAACAAGCCUUUUGCAAAGUGACCUGCUUCCUGGUAACGUGCAGGGUAGGCAGUAAAGUUUUCCCACAGUGCACCAUGGUCCUAGGGCUAGAAAAGCCACAUUUCAGAGGGUGGAGGUGCUAGGGACUCUGGGAUAUGGUUACUAAGACCUGGGUCUGCGCACUGCAGUGUGGACGCCAGAGCCCUACGCUUGAGCCUGGGUUAGAAAAAUCUUAAUAUAAGGUAAAAAUAUAAUGUAGCCGCUCAAGCCUAGAGUUCCCUCGCACAGGCAGCCGACUCAAGGUAGACAUAUCCUAAGGCAUGGGCUGUGUACCAGCCAGAUUUAGGUCAGUCCUUCUAGUA